UAUAUAGCAUCCCCGAGCUACAGAGCCAAAACAAGUUAACAGGGCUAAACUUAGAAUAACACUUUAGGAUGUUCCUUUAUCAUUUGCCUCUUCUCUUUGUAUUUGUCUCAACUGCUGAACUGACCACCUUCCUGAAAGGCCGGCAUUUGACCAGCGUUGAAGAGCGCUUAUCUAGACUGGAACAGUCGACAGAACAACGACUGAACGCCACAGAGAGAGUAUUAGGACAGCUACUGACAGGGAGAAGUGAUGCCGAUGUGUCCUCAAUGGAUGUCCUUGCUAUCAGAUCUAGUGUCCUGGCCGAUCAAUCAGAUCCUGUGCUUUUUUCUGCAUACAAAUCCUCACAUACUAGCGGUAUCUGCACUCGGACAAUCAUAAGAUUUGAACAGACGUACAUCAACAUCGGAAGCCAUUACCACACAGAAGACGGGAUCUUUAUUGCUCCUCAGACAGGCAUCUACAUGUUCCAUUGGACCAUAGCUACAGGAAGCACUGACUUUUAUACCCAGCUGAUUGUCGGAGGAACAUCUCGCGCUUCAAGUUAUGUCCCUCACCCAGGAGGACCAGACUCCAGUUCAGCGAUGGUGAUUACUAACGUGAACAAAGAUGACCAUGUCUGGAUACAAAUUUACGGUUCCAAUGAAUAUGUCUAUGGCGGGAGUACUGGCGAGGGAAACAUCCAGUCGACCUUCACUGGAAUUCUUCUAAGACACACAUAAUGCCGUGUAUCUUACUAAGGAAACGUUAUCCUGAAUUAGACGAACGAAAAGAGAAAAUAAAUAAUUAAGAAAGUACCAGUAUCAUCAAAAAGCUCCUUCCAAAAUAAAUGAAGAAUACAUUUCUGAAAUAACGGAUAAUUGCCAUGAUUAUAUGCAUUUAUGAUAAAGUUUAUAUAAAUGAGAAACUAUUGAUGAUUUCAUAUACUUCUACCGAUAUAAAAUCUGAAACUAA